AAAAGCAAAAACAAAAAGAAGCAAGAAGAAAUCUUUUUCUUGCAGUCAAAGCCCAAGAAUUUGCUGCGAAAAUUAAUAAUCUUUCUUUAUUUUUCACUCUCCACCAGGACGAAAAAGGCGAAACUUUUGGCUCGGUGGGAAGUAAAGAAAUUUUGGCCGAAUUAGUUAGAGCUGGUUUUCGUCUUCGCAAAAGCCAACUACUUAAUUUUCGUCCUCUUCGACAAUUAGGAGAAAAUUGA